AUGGCUAAAAAGAAAGACGAGUACUUAGUAAUUCCUGUUGAAGAGAAAGAAAUGGAAGAAAAAAACAGUCCAACUGACGUUCCAAAUCAAGCCGAAGAUGAGUUGGAGGAGAAAUUUGACAAGGUGUUUUGGUUGAAGGUAUGGGCAUUUAUGAAUAUAAACAUAGCAAUUGUUUAUUUGAAUAUAGUUGGUUGAAGUAUUUAUCGACUGUUUAUUUGCUGAAGCCUUGAUUCGUGGAUAAAAAAAACGUAUACCGGGAAGUACCUGAUUUGUUUUCACAAGUCCGGGUCACAAGUCAGAUGCUGUGUUAAUCAAUCUAUAAGGAUUCUUGGUGUUAUAACAAACUGAUAUUACAUUGCAAGCUUAUUCUUCUUCUCGAGCUGUUGUAAAUGAAAAACGUGAAACACCUCCUUGUUGAAUUGAAUUGUAAAAAAUCAUGAAAGUGCCAUGAAUAUUGCAUGGGAAAGAUUUUAACUCUGUAUAUCAUAGGAGACAAACCAAUAACAAGAGGUGGAUCUCAUGGGACCGAUCUUUUAUUACAUCCCUUGGGAGGGAGGGGGAGUUCAGAAAAAUUUGGUGUAUCAAAACUUUACCCCCCAAAAUAAUUACAUAUGAAAAUUGUAAACCCCCACCCGCUGGCAAUAACAAUAUUUAAGUUACCCCCCACCCCCACCCCAACCCUUCUAGACCAAGUCUCUUCUUUCAAAUUUAAAAUUAUUCCGUCCUUGGGCAUUGAUUUCAUACCGGUAGUCAGCAGCAUAGCAUGAGAUUUUGAAGGUGCAUGGAGGGGAAGAAAAGUUAGUGCGCCAAAAGCGCCCCAAACCUGGGGGAGCCUGGGGGUGUGCUACCCAAAAGAAAUUUUUGAAAUUUAGGGUCUUGGAAAUGCCAUCUCCUGCGUUUUCUGUAGGACAUUUUCAGUAAAUAAAUUUUCAGGAAAAUGCCGUAAUUAGUUGUUUAUUUUACCCAUCUGUAGUGUUAUCGGUAAGGUACAGUGUUUACGGCAAAAAAGGGUAAAACGGUGACACCAUCAAGGAGGUUGCAAGCAAAUGACGAGAUGUUUACCCCUCAGACAGGCAAACUCUGUUGAUAAUGAUAACGCCAUCAAUAUCAAUUACAUCCUUGUGCUCAUAAACAGAAUUGCAAGAGAGCUCAAUCCCUCAUCUGUCAUGGUCUGUGGCUUGAUACGGAUCCAUUUCACUCCACUUAAUCAGUAAAAGGAUAAACGAAAUCCUAACACAAAAACACCAAUAUAAUGGGGAAUAUUUAUCCCAAUUUAAUGACAAAAAUGCUUUCAGGAGUUAAAAAGAAAAUCUACGUAGUUUUCCAGAUCUCAGCUGUAUGCAUAGGAAUAUGUGCGUACAUGCACACUAAAUUCCUGGUCGGAGAAAUAGUUGAUAGGUUCCUGGGCCGAGCUUUAUACGGGUAACAUUUUGUUGCUGACAAAGAACCAUCAAAGUGUAUUUUCUGUCUGAUCUACUUUUGAAGGAAACAUGGAUUUGUUUGACGAGUAGUGGGGGGUACUACCUUAUAAGAGGCUAAUGGGGAUGUACUGAUGCCCCUGGGUGACCCGCAUUGGUUAACAAUAAUUAUUAUUAGGUUCAAGACAAGGUCAAAACUCAAAAACUGUCCUGGAACAGAGCAAUGGAUGAAGUACGAGCAGACAGGCUGAUUGAAAAACAUAGUGACAACUCACUGCUAGUGAUAAUACAUGAAUGGCCACAAAAGAAAAAAUACAAAGAAAAACCAGAGUUGAUACCAAGCUUAGAAUAUCUGGUAAGUGUGUAUGUAUGCUUGUUGUUACCUGAGUCACCAUGACAGAAUUGUUCAAAAUUGUUGUGAAAGAACGAUUAAUUGUUUGGGAUCUUUUGGGAAAUCCCUGUCUGCUUUCUCGUAAGGAUUACUUCAUACACUUUUUUUUCAGUUUUUACCAGUGGCACUACUCCUUCUGUAGAAUUUUACUCUUAGUUCCUCAGUUAUUUUCCCAAAUUUGGACCACAACAUCAAUUAAGUUUAUUAACUGGAAUUUAAAUAAAAAAGCUCUAAUGGAGAAAUGUCAAUUUAAUGUUUUCUCCCAGAUCAGCAGACUCACAGAGAUCAUUCUUGAGAGGGACACCAAUGAACACUAUAAAUAUUUCCGUGUUCCUUCAAAAGAUAAUCCAACUCGUCCUACUCUUCUGCAUCUUGCUGCAGAGCAAAACUUCUUGCAUGUUACCAAGUCAUUAGUGGACCAGUACCCAGGUCUUAUGUAUCUUUGGACCAAAGAGCAAGAUGAUAUGCCUAGUUAUCUACCUGUUGAAUUGGCCUUGAAAAAAUACAAGGAUGAUACAGCUGCUUUUUUGGUGUCCCGCAUGAGGCAUGAUCGGUAAGUUGUCUGUUUUUGUGUGGUGACCUACAUUGAUUUUCUUGACUGUGUUUGUUAACUUAAAAAAUAUAAAAAAAAUAGCCUUAUAGAGAGUUAAAGAAAAGUGGCUGAAGAAUGGUAGAGAGAUAUCCAUCUUACGGAGGUGUCUGUUAAGAGAAGGAUGACUGCUUAUGCAGACACGUGGGAAAAAUGUAAGAUUUAUAUGGAUGGCUGAGGUGUACCGCAGGAACAAAAUUUGUCUUUUAUGACUGUCAGAGUUGAACAAAGGGAGGGAAAAAGAGGGGGAAAAAGGAUCGAGUCGAGUCAAUAUGCUUUGAGUUUAAUCCAGUGAGGUUAAUGAUAUGCGUAUUAAGGGGAAAGGAAAAGUUUUUUUUGUUUGUGCUUUACGAUAAACAAGACAGAUGAUUAAUAAUAAUUAUGAUAAUGAUAAUUCUUUUCUGAGGUCUUAAUAAUAUUAGAUUAUACCUGACAUAUUUUUUAGAAAGGAAACUACAGAUUUUAAUAUUAAUUAAAGGAAUAAACUGUGCUAGCAGGCAUCUAAAUUAACUGUCAGGUUGUCAGGUCUUCUAGCCAUCCAGCUAAGUUCAACAUAUUAGCAGAAGAAAUGAUCAAACAGUUAUUAAUCAUUCUCAAAUUCAUUAAUAAUUCAUUAAGAAAAUACAAAGGAAAUUAAUGUUUAAAGAAAUCGGAUGAAACAAAUGAUCAGAUGAAACACAGUUAUUAAUUUUCAACUCUCUUCUCGGUGUUUCAUCUGGUGAUGAAACACUGCAUCUCAUGUUUGAUAUAUUACAUCAAAAAGCACCACAACCACCCACCCACUUACCAUCCACUACUCUAUGCAAGAAUUAUAAACUGUAACUGAGAUUAUAAAAUAUGGUUUUAAUAGCGCAUUAGUCAUAAAAAGGGACUGGCUGGCCAUAAGGCAGUUUUCACCAUAAUAAAAAAAAGUUCAGCUUUUAAGCGAUGUUCUGCUCUUGGUUCAUGAAACAAACUUGUGCUCUAACCUUUUUGUGCAUUUUCAGGGUUCAGAAACUGUUUCUCUGCAAGGAAGAUGAAGAGCAGACUCCCAUGAAGUUUUAUUUUGGAGAUUUCAUCAGCUGCCAUGACCCUCAAUCAGGGGAACCUGUCAUGAAGGUAUAAUGCAUCAAUAAAUACAUGUGUAUGAAAGGGGCUCAGGUGUCACGGCUGCUCUCACAGUUCAUUGAGUUAAUUCAUUAGGGAGCUUAAGCAAAGGCAUUUUUGAGGGAUGCACACCUGGGAGGAGGGGCACUUGGGUAUUUUUUGGGUUGGUAUGUGCCACCUGGGACUCCAAAUUGGCACCCCGUUCUAAAACAAAUUUCCCCUAAAAUUGAUACCCCAUUCUAGAAAUGGGCCAAUUUUUUAUACCCUGUUCUAGAAUUCGCCCUAAAACUGAUACCCCGUUCUAGAAAUGGGCCAAUUUUUUAUACUCCGUUCUAGGGUGCAACAAGAGUACAACAGUUUGCUUGUAAAUGCAUUGAACUGUACAAUUUCAAAUGGCUGCUUACAAAACUGGAGCUUUCGUGCGUUCGAAAUAUUAUACCCGGCUCUAGCAAAAACGCCUCUGAAAUGGAUACCCCGUUCUAAAGCAGUGGCUUCAAAAUCACUACCCACAUAGGUAAUGUAUGGGAGCACCCCCCCCCAUGAUGCAUGUCAACCGGAAGUGAGGUCUUUUAUAAUUCAAAGCACCUUGACACUGCGAAAAUUGUAUUUGUAACUGUCUUUAUUAUUAUAGAGACAAUUUGUCCAAAUUCGGGCAAAACCACUGUCUAAAAAUGAAAAAAGACCACUUCCGAUUGAAGUGCGUCGCUUAACCCUUUAAGUCCCAAUAGUGACCAACAUCAAUUUUCUCCUAACAAUAUCCAUACAAUGUCAAGAGAUUAGGUUAUGAGAAUUAAUAAAAUGAUCACCUAAGAGAAAAUGCUUUGAACUUUUAUCAAAUUCUUUCAACUCAUUCUUUAAGGAAAUGUAUAGAGAUCAGUUUGGAGAAUUUGUACAUGUAUAUUGUGGCUUAAAGGGUAAAAAAAUGUCUUUGCUUAUUAAGCUCACCAAUAUUCCCAAUAAUUUGUCUACAUUUGGGAAAGAACUUAACUUAAGCGUGGAAAAAAUGAAAAAAAAACUGUUGAAAAACUGUUAGACUAACACGUUUUUAAGAACCACAAUUGGAAUCCGUUUCAAUCUUAACUUCAAGUUUGUCCAUCUGUGACUUCUUUUGUUUGUGCCUUGUUAUUUAAACCUUUUUUUAAUGCUUUGAAUGUGUUACUCAGUUUGGUGGUAAUUCUCACUGUUUGAAGUUUGAUAAAUUUUGUGACAGCUCCUUUUCUUGUAAGUAUCCGCCUUCAUUCACCCUGGCUUUUUUGUAACUCAUCUUUGUGCAAAUUGCAUCUACGAUAUAAACUACAAUGCACAAGCAUUUAGCAAGGUCUGUCAUGUCAUAAAUUACCUUGUUUUCAAUACGGGAAAGGAAAUCUCAUUAGUAGUUGUCAGGCAUUGUUGCUAAUAUAAAUUUAUUGGUGUCAAAGUAGAAAACAGUGUUAGCAGUAUUGGACAGAUUCCAUCUGCGAUGUAAACUACAGUGAACAAGCAUUUAGCAAGGUCUCUUAUGUCAAUUUAAUACCACGUUUUCAAUACAGGAAGCAUCAUUAGUAUUUGUCAGGCAUUCAGUUGUUGCUAAUAUAAAUUCAUUAUGCCAUUGUAGAAAACAGUGCUAGCAGUAUUGGACAAGCAUAUAAGUCCCCGCUGGCCUUAUCUCCCGGAUAGAAAAGAAGAUGAUGAAAAUGACGAUGAAAUUGAGCGAGCUAUAAGCAGCGUCCCUGAUGAUCCCAUUAACUAUGAUUUCUUUUACCACAUACUGGAAGCUGAUGACCAGGGAAGACAGCCUAAGAUUGAAGUGGCAACAGAAGUGGAUGAACAUGGAAAUGCACUCAAGAUUGAAAGAAUUCCUAAUCCAAAAUUUAACUCCAAGUCGCAGUCGUGUCUGAGGCGCAUAGCAGAGAGCGGAAAUAAGGUUUGUAAAAUCAAGGAAAAACAAAUGCGGCGCUUAUUUGAGGGCGGCGAACAAAAAUAGCCCACGUUCGAUAUAUUAAGAUUCUAACAUGACUCAAUGGCUUUAGGGAUGAAAUUGCAAUUUUUUCACGACUUCAUUGUCUCCCAGAAGAGGCUUUAAGUACAAAGACAACCAAACCAUAUAAUUUAUAGAAAUAUGAGCCGAAAGCCUCAGAGUCAUGUUAGAUUUUUAACCCUUUCACUGCCAGAGUGCUUGAUGGAGUUUUGUAAUGUGACUCCAACUUUUGAGUCUGCAGACAAAAUCCUAUGAUGUGACCACUCAAAUGAAACCUCUCUGCCUGUACUUUCACGUGGUGCUGUUUGUUUUUCAAAAUUUUACAAAAUGAAAUUUGGAGAUUUGAUCAAAAUUUGCUUUUGGCUAAAGUUGGCAGUGAAAGGUUUAAUAUAUCAAAUGUGGGCUACUCUUUUAACUACAGUAUUUAUUAUUUUCCAUGUUAGGGACGUGGCGCUAAAUCGGGGUGAUGCUUGUGAACCUUUUUUUGUGUGUGUGUGUGUGUUUUUUUUGUUGUUGUUGUUUUUUUUUGCGCCGUAUGCGGGGCUUAUUCGAGUAAGUAGGGUUAAUCUCGUCCAAUUUUCAUUGUGGUUACUCUUAAUGGAAUUAACAGUUCUCAGCAUUUGCGGUCCGAUAUUCCACGAAGUAUUAAAGGAAUUUCUUUUUUUGUCACAGUAACAAAAACAAAAAACUAAACCGAUUCGCUUAUCUGGGGUGAUAAAUUGAGUUUUUAUGUAGAAUUAAAACACAUAAAACUGCCCUAUUGUUUCUCUCAGUGAUUAUAGUAGCCAGAUACAUCCAUAAAAAAAGCAGAUGCGCUUAUCUGGGAUAAUGAAUUAAGUUUUACGCAUGGAAUGGCUUUUGCUUUUUCCAAGUUCUUCUCUACAAUUACGAUGUCUGGUCUGUUGCACUCAAUUCUGUGGUCAGUUUCAACAGAGUAACUUGCAUCCUUCUGACUCCUCCACUGGCUUUGGCUCGUGAUCAUACCAGUUUUGGGCAGUCAAAACCAAACUUUUGAUAAAAGCUCCAGUGAACACAUUUACCAACCCGAUCGUGUCUCCAGCCUUUGUAUUCUUUCUGAGCCAGUUUCUUGAACUCUGUCACAAUGUGACUAAUGGUUUCUUCCGUUUACCAACCUGAUCGUUUCGUCCAGCCUUUGUGUUCUUUUCUGAGCCAUUAAAACGCCUUUUCUUAGCCAAUCUUGAACUCUGUCAAACUGUCCAAUGUUUGACUAAUCACCUGUCCUUUUUCUUUCCUUCAGUUCUCUUUAUUAUUAUUAUUGUUCUCGACAUAUUAUUAUUAUUACAAUGAGGAUAAAUUAUUAUUAUUAUUAUUAUUAUUAUUAUUACUAGUAUUAGUAUUAUUAGCAACCUCCUGGGUUUAAACAGAAAAUAUGCCUGGCUACGCCCCUGACUUCCUUUUUAAUUGCUCUGAAUUUAGAGAUUGUUUUAUUGACAGUCUAAUGUUCUUGUUACGAUUGAAAACAAGAUGUCUUUUUCAAGUCGUUAAUGUGUCAUAUAUUCUGGACAUAAAAAUAACGUUAUACGUCUUUAAUGUUAUUUAGGAUAUUGUACGCCUUAAAAGAAUAGAAAGUCGGAUGUUCUCCAUUGAGGCGAUUCAAGAGGUUUUUUCCGCAAUAUAAUGGUCUUAGUUCGCACCUUAAUUUCACAUGCACAAUAACCCAGAACACGCAACACAACGAACGGCCGAAAAGUCGCCAUGAAUACAAUAAACAAAAAGAAUAAUAUUUUACAGAUUAGGUCUAGGUUUUCUGUUCGUCAUUUUCAUUUUACCUCGUGCCCGGUUGUCUGAGUUGUUUUGGGGAUGUUCCGUUGUUCCAGGUUUUAAUACAUGCCUCUCAAUUUAGACACAAAAUUCAUAUCUCCUAUAUGAGAAUCGGUCGCCUUAUUAAGGUAAAAUGAACGCUGUUUACAUAUUUUUUUUCUGUAUUUAAGGUAGGAGUGGUUGAUGAAUGCGGAAAAUUAAAUAUUUAGGGAAAAGGAGGGAGUUAGCUAAGCUAUCGUCCUCGCACAUAUCCAGUGCGAACGAAUAGUUUGCGGUUGUGUAACCUUACAGACCUGCCCGACGGCUUUGGCCUUUAAGGAUAACACCAUCAUCGAUAUCGAUGAUCAUACUAAAUCCAUCCAAUAAUUUCCAAAUAUUUCGAGAAGAGCGAAAUUUCUUUUUUUAAAAAAGUUCGCUCAUUUACAAUGAUAAUUAGAAUUUUAAUGGAAUGAAAACACAUAAAAUUGCCCUAGUGUUGCUCUCAAGGAUCAACCAUUACCAACCCCUGGAUAGAGAACACCGCAUUGGAAACUUUAUAAAUGAUUACGCUUUAUCAUUUACGUUAUACUGUGGCCAUUAGACACCUAAUAAACAGUUCAACAGCUACGGUAAGAAGUGGACCGUAACGUAAUUCACUUUUACUGCGGAAAAUUAAACAUUUAAUGGCAAGGAGUGAGUCAGCGAAGCUAUUGUCUCUUUAAUUGCUUUGGAUGUAGACAUAACUGUAUUGACAGUCUAACGUCUUCACUGAGAGCAAAAAACAAAUGGCCUCUUUGUCAAGGUAGUUAAUGGGUCAUAUAUUCUGGACCUUUUUGUACACAAGAAAAAAAAUGCACGCAUCGGGAGUGGUCUUACUAUACCAUCAUAAUAAGUUUUCACCUUUUAUCUCGGACUGUAUUUUCCUUCAUCGUGUUUUUUAAAAUACAGCAAAACUAAGUGUAUGAAACGCUUGAUGGCCGCUUAAUGUAGGUGAAAGCAAUAGUAGGGCUUUCGUCGGGAUGGCCAAAAGGUGACAGUGGCCGCUUGAUGGAGGUGCUAACUUAAUAGAGGUUUUAUUUACAAUUCUUUCAUUUUGGGACUUUGAUUACUUUCGGCAUAAUAGAAGGUUGCAGCUAAAUUGAGGUUCAGCUGUAUAUUGUACUCACUGAAAGAAUCGAAAGUCGGUUGUCCUGAUCAAGAGGUUUUUCCGUAAUAUACGGAUAUGAUCUGAGAUCGCGCAUUAAUCUUGUCAUAUAUCUUCUUGUAUAAGGAAACUGGCCGCCAUAUUAAGGCAAAAUCACAAUGUUUGCAUCCUUGACGGAUAUUUCACGUGGGCGUGGUUGAAUAGUACGCGAGAUUAAGAUGUUUUAAAAAAAAUUCAAAGUGAGUCAGCGAAGUGAGUCAUUUGUUAUCGUAUACGCAUGGCGAACAGAUUGCGCUCGUAGCGCCCAGACCAUUGCUGAACCAUGGCAAGCCCCAAUUCUUCAUCCUUGAUCGACGAUUCCUCUGAAGGUAUACCGCAGAGAUAUCUCCUAUCGCAGAUUGUCGUCGGCCCUCUGCUGGCUAUUCCUGCAGUAUUGUCAAACCUUAUUUUGCUGAUAACAAUUUAUCGUGGUCAGUUGCCUCGCACAUCAGUCACCCUGUUGAUCAUUAACCUGAGCGUCUGUGACUUACUUUUCGGGUUAAUCCCGGGCUUUGGAAGUAUUUAUUACGACAUUAACUUAUUCAUCGACCGAAAGAGAGAAAAACUUUUGGCUGCAAGACUCACAAUCAUCAUCGCUGCCGUGAUAACAAAUAUUGUGUCAUCAUGUACUAUUGCUGCCAUGGCGUUUGAUCGUUUGUGUGCCGUCUCUGUGCCUCUUCAGUACAGGACGCUUGUAUCCAAAAAGAGGAUCAAAGUAUGCAUCGCGGUUUUUUGGGUUUACGCCGUGUUUUUUGCCAGUUUAGCUCAUGUGGUGUCGACGACUGUAUUUGUACUGAUGUACGUCCAUCUCCAUGUAACACUACCCUUAAUUGUCCUGCCGUUGAUAUAUUGGAAAGCAUAUCACGCUCUGCGAUCUCACAACAGUCAAGUUCGAAACUUCUCUAACACGCGGGAUGCAGAACAAAUGUCUCUUGCACACAGAAGUAGGGAGAGAAAAAUGAUAUCGGCUUUCCUGGUAGUCCUGGUUUUGUUUUAUACGACUUUUGCUCCACAGUUCAUUGCGCAGAAUAUGUUGGUUGCAAAGCCGUCCCUCUCAAAGAUAGAAAGUUUUAAUUUUUUUCUUUACGCCUCCAAUAAGUUCCUUUUAGUGAAUAGUUUUUUAAACCCUUUUAUUUACGCGUGGAGAAUUGCACAGUACAAAAAAGCGUUUCAAGAAGUUUUUCGUGGUUUUAUCUGUAGUCGGCAAAACAGCAGAGUUUACCACGUUGCUGAGUCAAGCAAAACGUCGCAAUCUUCCUCUGAGCUAUGAACUGAAAGCAGCUACUGGUUUGGGAGAAUUACAGCCGCCAAAACCUUUUCCUGAUAUGUUGUUUUCCUCGUGCAGAAUGGCUGUUGUUCUCGGGAUAUUUUAUUUACAAUGCCUUUUAUAGAGUUAAAAGACUCUUCUAUUUAAAUGACUGGAAUAAAAUUAAUACUGAUAAGUUUUUAUAUGGAGACUGUACACUGGCCUAAUAUUCUACCAGCUUUCCUAAACUAGGCGAGAUCUAGAUUAAAAAAACAUGACUUGUCAAAAUAAAAAAAAGAAAAGAAAAGAAAACUUUCUCCAUCGAUUCUUUAAUAGCACAAUUUCUACGGAAGUUAGUUGAUAUUGCUUCAGUAGGUUCAAAUUAUACAGUAUAUCAUGUGGUAAAGAGUGCGGUAAAUUUACUUAAAAACGAUAUUUAAAACCAUUGGUUCCUGAUAGGCUAUUAAAUGGCUGUCGCGAAACUCAUUUUCUUAUAAUUUAUGAAAAACACUUCACGUAUCAUGAUGGGCUUGAAUACCCCUUGAACGUACUUGGUUUAAACUUUGUAUUUUUUUUUUUUAGAUUGUUAGUAGGCGAGUUAGAGCUCUGUGCUGUAAGGUACGACAUUUUUCCUUUCUUUUAAUUCCCGCGAGUCUCCGUGACAUAACGAGUCAAUGAGGCGUUCUUUCUGUGUAUCCGGAGAUAGUAGGCGCCUGAAACGGGAUUUGACAGGCGUAAAAAACUUAAUUGCAAAAAAAGUAAGUAAACAAAAUCCCAUCAAAUGGGUAUCGAAAGUUGAAAUGGCUUUUCUCUCUUUGUCUUUUAUCUUUUAUCUUAAUCGGCAGUGGGAAACGGAAAAACCUUGAUGGUGCAAUUUAAUUUCGUUCCGUACAGUAAGUUAUUGACCGGAAAUUAACCCGGCAUUGUCCGAACGAGAAAUGAUUCAGAUAUUUUUUAAAAAUCAUUGUUACUUGGGAGUUCACUGUUCGGCCUUAUGUAUAUACUUCAAAAUGUUACGGCCAUUAAGCGUGGUUUUGAAAAAUCGUUUUUCGUGCUUUAAUGGUAAUGGAUAUUUGUCGAGAGUCACUAUCCUACGCACCAAAAAACUGACAUUAACAUAUUUAAGUAAAACAAAAACGACGUUUCAAGUGAGUGUAGGGUUAGUCUUGAAAGCGUCAGAACAUUUGAAAGUGAAGCAACUGGCUGUCAACAAGCAGGAAAAUUAGCAGGUGUUUAGUUCUCAAGCGUGAACAUAACUUAUAUUUGCAAGUUCUUCGCGCCUGUCGUCAUUGUUACAUUUUAAAAGUUUGCUGGUAUAAGGUUUCAUAGUAUAUACAAAUUAAAUUCAAAAGUUGGAUGAGCUGGAUAAGCUGAAUAAACUACCGUAUUUAUUCGAAUAAGCGCUCAACCUCCAAUAGCGCCUACCUCGAAAAGGCGCCCAUCCUAGAGGCAGAAAAAGUUAAUAAGCGCCCACCCCUCCCCUUUCCACUCAAACUCAAAUAAGCACCCACAAUCAAAACCCACUCCCCUUCCCCCUCACAGCCAAAAAACCUGAAUAAUUACUAAUAAGAGAGUUCCGCGAAGACGGAGUUUUCUUCAGAGUAUUUUACAGAAACCUUGCUUUGUUACAUCUUCGCGUUUUGUUAUUACCAUUUAUUGUUUUGUUGCAAAAUAAACAUACUACACUUGCUGAAAAUGGUAAAAAUUUAAUAAGCGCCCAGCCUCGAAUAAGCGCCCACUCUCAAGGUCCAAAAAUUUAAUAGGCGCCCAGGGGGGUAUUACGGUAUGCGGUGCAGUUUUCAUGAGGUUUUAGCUCAUUGUAAGCAAUAUUGAAGGAAAUAUCAGCCGUGGGAAACUACAGAAACAGCGGAUGGUAUAAAGACAUUUGUAAAAUUUCGAGUUUUUCAAAACAAAACUUCUCCAAAGGUACUCCAGUUGAUGCGGUUUUAAAUUGUCAGAGAUGUGAUCUUUCAAAAUUCAGAGGUCCUAUGUUUUUUCAACGAGUAUCAUUAGUAAGCGUACAAAUAUUUAACUAUCUUGGCGGUGUCUGAAUAUCAGAUUAAACACUCGAGUGAGUGUAUCCUACGCGAAUACUAUGGUUCAUCAUCGCUCCGGCAUUCGGAGAACGAUGACAUACGCCUGUACCCAGAAAGAUUGUUUUAAAAUGGUCAAAAGUUCUUACGAACAAUUAAGACACAGUUUGCCAAAUGUUUGAUAAUUAGGACCAAAUUUUCAAACUUCUUUCACAUAUGGAGUUGCUUGAUUUUCCCUCCACGAAUUUACUAUUCAUGAGUUUGGGAAGUGCUUUCUGUCGAACGGUCAUGAAAAAGGGAUACCGAAAGCGAAAUUAAAGAUCCGCGAAUUUAAAUCCUCGCGAAAUUUAAUACUCGUGUAGAAAUUCACGGAAAAAAAAUGAUUAACAUGUAAUAACAAAAACGUAUACCAGAUAUCUAUCGAUAAAUCAACAAUCUGGUUUUAAUGGUCUUCGGUUCCAUUUUGUAUUGCUUUUUCUAGUUUUAAAAGGUACUUUUAAAUUAUGCGUUCUGCUUUUUGCAAUUUAUCUAGAAAUUUUAAGUAAAUUCAGAAUCAUUUCCAAACACUAAAAUGAAGUUAAAAUCGUUUGAAUCGCGAAAUUUAAUUCCCUUUUUUCAUAGCUGGCUAUUGAAAUCGCGAAAAGAAAACCCCGAUAAUUUUACUGUUUCGCUAAAAUCGCAAAAUCAAGUACCAAGAAGGUAUGUUAAUAUUAAUUUUAGAGAUGUUAUUUAUAUAUGUGGCAUAAGUUUUGAACCAUGUUGUGCAAAAACAUAGCAAAAAAAGGUGAAGCCCCCGGAGAGAUUUGAACUCUCGACCCCUGGUUUACAAGACCAGUGCUCUAACCACUGAGCUACGGGGGCGUGCGGUGGAGGGACAGCUUUUAUCGCGAAUUAUACUUGUGUUUACAAGACCCCAAUGAUCACAGUUGGGCAUUUCCACAAUUGUAAUUUACAUUUCUUAGUAUUAAGCGAUCUAGCAUCCUUUAAAGUAACUACCAAUCAUACUGAAUUUAUGGUCAUUUCAGGUAGUUUAUCAUCCCAGUAAUUUAUUUUACUUUAAAGUUAUUCUUGCUUAUAGUAAUUUAUCAUCCUUCGAGUACGGUAACCUGUUAUCAUAUGAAGACUUUGUCGGCUUUCGGCAGCAAAGUGUUUCUUUUUUGCGGGGUUAAAAAUUUACUAGCUAGCAAGGCCUCUGGUAUCAGUAGAAAGGACAAGCUAACACACCUGUUUUUCUUCUGGGGGUGGUACUUAGGAGGCUGUCCAACACCCUGUUGUCCGUAUGCUGGUGUCAAGAAAAUGGAACAAGUUUGCGCACACGUGGUUUUGGUAAGAUCCUAAAUAACUCUCUCUCUCUCUCUUUUACUUCUUGUCCGGUCUCUCUUUUCUUCCCUCCUUCUUUUCCCAACUUUUCUCCUGUUUCUUCCCUCUCUUCUUUUUUUCUUUUUCCCUCCCCAUUCAUUAAGCCUUUCUCGUUGUAAAUUCUACUCUCACUCCCUAUUAUCUUUCCCUCCUCUACCUCCUUCCUUCCUUCCUUCCUUCCUUCCUUCCUUCCUUCCUUCAUCGUUUCCCCUUUCUUUCUCGCACCCUCCCUCCUUUUAUUUGUUCCUACCUCCUUGCCUCCACUUUUGCUUGCUUCAUCCCUCACGCCGUUUCUUCCUGCAUCUUAAAUCUUUGUUCAUUUGUCUGUCUUUUUCAACAUUCUCCUUCUAGUUUUAUUGUCAUGGUUGUAAUGGUGAUGAUAAUGAUGAUGAUGAUGAUGAUGAUGAUGAUGAUGAUAAUUAUUAUUAUUACUAUUACACUGAAUUAUUAUCUUUCACUCUUCUUGUUUCAGUAUUCAAGCAGCCUUCUACCUAUUGUUUCUAACCGUACUGUCCUACGCACUCAUUCAUGGCUCAACUCAGGAUGAUCCAAACAAAUACAGAGGAAAAGCGAAUGGUCUCCGGUUGUUCUGUGAAAUUAUCACCAUCAUUUUUAUCAUGUUUUACUUUUUUGAGGAGGUGAACCAAGCAGAACGGUAAGAUGGCUUAGUUUUCUGCAUAAUUCUUGUUAUAGAAUGUUUUCACAUGACGUCACGGCGGCCAUAUUGGUGUCCCAAAACAAUGAAACGGCGGCCAUGUUGGUGUGGGUAUUGGGAGUUGUUUUUUCUUAUGCAAAUUUCUUUUGUUUUUUUCAUAUAUUUUACUGUUACUGGAACCUCGAGAAAAUCGUUUCGUUAUCGAGGGGGACACAUAUUUUACCGUUACUGGGCCAGAGAAAAUCGUUCGUUGUAGCGAGGACUUCGUUAUGUAGAGGUUCAUUGUACAUGUUGUAUUGAGGUUCCACAGGUUGAACCCAGUGGCACUGAAAUGAAAGGGAAAUAAAAGAACAAGUAGAAACAUUGUACAAAGGUUGUACAGUCUAUCUGAAAGGAGAUAUUUCUCAAUUAGGGAUCUUUGGGUAGCUGAAUCUCAAGCAAUACCAUGGUCUCUUGAUCAAUUUGUUUUUGUUUUGUUGUGAGUAUACAUGAAAAUUUAGUUUUAUCAAUUGAGUUGAUAAAAUAAAUUUAUGUCGUACCCGGCACUCCUCGGCGUCUGUGUGUCUGUUGGCUCGGAGAUGCUUGACCGUGAAAGAACUGGGUACGAGAUUACGCAGCGUCACCAGAAAACCUGCUUAACAACGAUGCGAAAACACGAUUUAUUUAUUUAUUAUUUAUUUAUUUAUUUCCGUCCUCUUUAGGGAGUGGAAAACCUAUUUCAAGGAUCCCUACAACUAUUUUGAUUGGCUGGGGCUUGUGUUGACGUUCCUUGUCAUUCCUCUACGGUUUGUUGAAGUCCAGUCUCAAUGGAGUGUCGCUGGACUCGGUUACCUGUUCAAUUUUCUCAGGCUGUUCAAGUUCUCUUGUGUCACCAGGUAUUUUAUAUUUUUACGAAUAUCAACUCGAGUCAAGAGACUCAUGCUUCGUCCACACAUUAUUCCGUUGGAAGAAUCCGUACAGACGAUUCGCUUACGUCAGUUCACACGAGGAAAAAUUAAAAUUAUACAUUAAGUCAUAAAAGAAAAGCCAGCUACUGUGUAAGGGCUAUAGCACUCAGUGUCGUCAGAUUUCAAGUGCCGGUGAAAAUAACCGAGACUACAAGCGAACUUUCGAGUAGAAUUGCAUUUGCAUUUAUUUAUUUUUAUAAGCUUUGCAACCGGCGCUUUCAGAACUGAAUUCAUCUUGCUAAUUGCGGCGAAAAAACAGGAUCUUGACAUACAGCUGCAGGUUAAAACGCAGGCUAUUUUCAUUGUUACAGUCCCGAUUUUUCCUCGGAAUUGCAGCAUUUCUGCUCAGAUCCUCGCAUUUUAUAGAAAGUCUUCUUGACUUCGUGUUCCUGCUCUGUGAAUCGGGAAUCAUAUUCAAAGACUGAAAUAGCAUUUCUUGACGAAAUUUUGCGCUUGUGUUGAAAAUAUCCUCUGAUAUGAAAAGGCAAAACAAAUACAAUCUUGGCUCUUCGGUAAAAGCAUAGAAAAGAAAAAUUUAAGCCCCCGGAGAGAUUCGAACUCUCGACCCCUGGUUUACAAGACCAGUGCUCUAACCACUGAGCUACAAAGGCUUGUUGAAUAUGUAGGGUCAAUUUAUUGUUAUUUUUUGUUUGCGAUUUUACAAGAUUAUUCAUUGCAGUUGCAUAUUUCCGAAAGAGUACCCGAUCACCAUGGUACUUCUUGGGCCAAAUCUGCGAAAUUCGACUACUAUUUACCUGUAAAGGUGUUCAGAAAGAAAAAGAAGUUGAAGGAGAAUUUAAAUUUAACUUCCUUUUUUUGCACAUCUUGAAUACCAGGUUAAGUUUUAAUCGCGGUGAGACGUAAAAAAAGUUUGUGGUUAUUGACGUGACGACACGUCGGCCAUAUUGUUGUACCGAAAACGUAAAACGGCGGCAAUAUUGUAUCAACCCUGUGGGACUGCAUUCUUUUCUUGCGUAACCACGAUCUUUUGUCCCAGUGAACUAAGGCUAUGUCGAUGCUAUACCGGAUAGCCGUUGGACCUGCACCAAAACCAUAUCCGAUAGAGCUUUUUUCAUACAUUUCUGUAACGAAGCUGGACUGCGCCGCGCCGAUCUUGAAAGUGAAUCGUCACAUAUCGGAUAAGUUACUGUGCCACUCUUUAUAGCAGUGUGAGUAGCGGUUUUUUUUCCCGUAUCAGACCAGAGUAUUUUUCCUGUCGACAUAACAAGCCACCCAGUAUGGUGUAGACAAGGGGACGUCACUUGUUUCCAUCCGCCAAACUGACAUUUUGUUCUCAGUGGCUCUCACAAGGAGUGACGGCUGUUCUCGCCGGCUAAUCGUGUGCCGAGUAAAAACGCUACAUAUCAAAUGCCAUGAGAAUGAAAGCGUUAGUUUCAGUAGAAGCUGUAGGACUGUUUGUAAGCGAGUGAAAUGCAAAAAUGCGGUUUAUCAAAUGAGUUUAUUAGGUCAAUUUACCACCAUAAAAAGACUUUUGAACUGACUUUUCGAGUGCUUACUCUUCGUCGGAACCAUGAGACUCUGUCUUUAAUGGGACAUCUGAUUCUGAAAAGUGGGUUUAAAAAAAAAGGCACAGCCCUUUCUGGCCUCGAAGCAAGUUUUUUUUAAUGCGCAGCUUUUUUUCCAUAGAACCACUGGCCUGUACACCAAGACUCUGGCAAGGAUAAUCUACAGGGACAUAACUCGCUUCGGUGUGGUGUUUGUUGUUGUGUUCCUUGGAUUUUGCGGUGCCAUGUACAUGGCACUGAGAGCUACAAAUUCGCAAAAUGUUUUUAGGUAAGACGGUGUUUAGUAAUACACUAGCCUAGACCGCUUCUUUUAACCGUUAUCAGUUAUAGAAGAAGCCUUCAGGGAAAAAAGUAGACUUGCUACAAGUCGACCUCUCACAAGCUCUAAAAAUCGAGCCAAGCGAGCCUCAAUGAGAUCACGCAGCAACCGAGCGAGCGUCAAAGUCACGAACCAACCAGGAAAAAAAAUAAAGGACUUUCAGAAAGUCUACCAAAAAAUAGUGCAUGCGGGAACGUGCGUGAAGAAACACAAGAAGAAAAAUAUUUUUCUUUUCUUAUCUAAAUUAUCACUUAUACUUCUAGUGGAAACCAUGCAAGGUGACCUCUGAUGAUGAUGAUGAUGAUGAUAAUGAUGAUGAUGAAAACACUGCCCUUGAAUAUGUUGCUUGUGUCUAUACUUAUUGUGCGUGAACCACUCAUAGGCUGAUUGUUGCACACGGCAGGAUUUGUUGAUUAAGUGAUUAUUAAAUUAUUUUAAAAUUAUUUAUUAUUUUAUUAUUUUUGGCUUUUUUAAAGCAAUUAUGCUUGGUUGAUGUUGGCUGCCAUUAGAGCUCUUGUUGAACAACAGCCAGUUGAGGAAGACUACAGUAAAUUCAAGUAAGGUUCUCUUAUUUAUUCGUUUUUGUGUUGCUUUUGCUUGUCAUAUUUUCUUAUAGUUGUACUUCAUGUAGAUGAUAAAACUUACGAAGGGUUUGUCAACAAGGCCUUUGGUAGACAGUUUUUAUGCAACAGCUUGAACUUUGAUUCACAGUUGGCCGUCGGAUUUCAGGCAGUUUUUUGUCGCUUCUUCAGACUGUUGGUCAGGUUACUUGAGUUCUGCGAUCUUCGUUCAAAACACAACAUGUUAGGAAAGAAUGACGUCGCACAAUCCGAGAAUUCUUUGGUGCCCUGUCGCCCGUUCGAUAUUUUUGACACAGUUUGAUCAAGCUGUAUAUAGCCAAACAGUCCCCAAUCCUCUCUAAUCAAUUACUGUAUCUUGAGGUGCUUAAGUCGAUUUUUGUUUUACUAAUCAUGGUUGUCUUUUUCUUUUUUAUGCCUUGUUAGCUGGCUGGUAAUUAUUAUUCUUCUCGCCUACAUGGCAUUGGUAAUUGUGGUGCUACUUAAUAUUCUCAUCGCUCAGCUAAGCUACACCUACAGCGAAGCUAAGAAGACCGCUAAACUGCAGUACGCUAUCGACGCUAUGUUCAUUGUUACACGUCUGGAGUACAGCAGACUCGCUAGAUGGGUAUGCUUCGGCUUAUUGCCACUGUUUGUUAGCAUCCGUUUUUUUCUUAUUACGAUAUGUGUCUAAUCUGUUUAUGUAUUUACUUGCUUUUUUUAAUGCCUGCCACGCAGGCUCUGGAAAUCGCGGUUGGUUAAAGUCACACGCGAGCGAGCCGCGAAAGAUUGGCGCGGGAGGAAGCAAACGGUCCUUCUCCCGCCCUCGCGACUCGCUCCGCUCUACUCUUGCGAUUCUCGACUAGAGAGUUAGUUCGCCGGCUAUGUUGAAGUUGGAUAUUUAUACAAUGAAAAUAAGAAUAUUUUUUGUCCAAAUUUUGCUUUUAGGUAAAAAAAUAAAUACAUAGAAAUAAAAAAUAAAAAACGAUAAGCCCCCGGAGAGAUUUGAACUCUCGACCCCUGGUUUACAAGACCAGUGCUCUAACCCCUGAGCUACGGAGGCUUGUGGUAUGCAUGUGCCAGUUUAUGACUGCUUUUACUUUUCGAUUUUUUAAAGUCUCUGACAGUUGCCUAUUUUACGUGACUCACUCCCCCCUUUUUAUUUAAAACCCGCGUUUAACUGAUCACGCUGGUCGCUUGCCAGUGCUCCCCACCUUUUCUGCUACUUGAUUAUCUCAGGCUCCGUGUCUACAUUAACUCCAAAAGUUUUGUCGCAUAUGACAAUCAAUUCAAAACCGCGAGAGAACUCAUGCUGAAAAUGAACUUUAUAGUAUGAUCUGUUAAAAGGUACUAUAUACUGAAACUACAGGAAAAAAAGUUUUUUCUUCAUGAAAAUAACAAAAAGCUCUUUCCUUUUGUUUCAGAACUUAAGGGUCAAGAAUUAUUUGCCCGGUGACUGGGUCAGUGAAAAAGACCUUGCAAAAGGUAAGCUAUAAAAGGAAUUUGUCCCAAGGGGUUUUUAUAUUUUGAUCCUUAAUGUACAUUGGGUGUGGCCACAGGCCCGUAAACGCGGACGUAUUUCCCGGCCUGCAGAAAUACAAUUAACUCACGCCUAGCGGACACUCAGAUAGUAUGGACAGCAGCCAAAUCCUCACGGAUGUUUGACUGAAAUAAACUCCCGCCAUUACGGGCUCUCGCUAUUGAGGGCACUAAGUCAAGGUCGCUAAGGUGUCCGCUAUAAAGGGAGUUGACUGUACACCUUUUUUGUUUGUUUGUUUGUUUGUUUGCUUUUUGCGUUUGCUGGCUAAGGUCACUCGUGCUAAUUUAAAAGAAAUGGCAGCGACAUGUAAGUUAGUGUUUUUUUCACCGCUGUAAGUCACUUUUUCUAGAUUCCUACGCAGAUGUUAUUAGGACUUUGUCACGUGUGACGGCUUACCUUUUUCGGUAUUUCUUUGUUUGCUUGUUUUUUGUUUUUGUUUGCUUGUUUUUUUUUUUAAGGCUGGGAACACUAAGGGAAAUAUUACAGGGUUCAAGUCCUCUCAUGUAACAUUACCAUGUGGAUGAAAAAGUCUUGUUGAAUGGACAAAAUUCUUUCCCAGCAACGUGUUUUGUGAAAUUCAAUUGGCUUGAAUACGUACAUCGUGAAGCAUGAACAAAAUGGUGCAGGUAUCAACUCUAUCCAAUCCAGUUUUCUAGUGUGUCUCGGCCUUUACUGUAUCCACAGACAAUUUACUCGUGUAAAAUUACUUUAUUUAUGGAUGUCGGACGUUUUGAGUCCAUUUUCAAGUCUGUUAUCAGGUUUUUCAAGGUUACAGUACUAUGUAAACGCUUUUAAGCCAUAGCUUCCUUAUCCAGCAUCUCUCAUAGGGUCUUGCUUUUUCGUAGAACUGCUGGAAUACAGUGAUGAUCGUCACCCGUGGGAAAACUUGGAAGCAAAGCUAAAUGACAUAAGGUGAGCAAGGGUUUUGAUGCAGCUUUUCUUUCUCUCACCCCUGACCUUAGGACUCGAAGUUAACUUUUUAGUGCACUUGCAAAGUUUUUCUAGUAAGAUAUUUUCCCACUAGCAAACCGGUGAGAUCACUAGCAAAUUCUUCCCCUUUGUUUGGGAGACAAGGAUGAUUCUAACUCGCAAACGUUUGCUAGUGGAUAUUUUUUUCACUCGUAGAUUAUCAAAAUCAGUCGCAUUUUGCGAGUUUGCGAGCGUUAAUUUGAGAGCGCUUGACCUUGUUAGAUCAUCAGUUUCUUUAUUGGGUGCCCUGUUUGUUUCGGUUCCAGUCCCCCUGAGCAGGUUUUUUUUCCUCACUCGCUCGCGGUUGAUCCCUGAGCAAGUUCACAAACAGCGUCUGGUGCUCUAUGUUGUGCUCGUGUUAAGUGCACUGAGGCUGUUCUCGCGCUUGUCUUGCAGAAAAAUUAACGAAUAUAUCUUAUAUAAUAUUUCUUUUCAUCAGGGAGUUAAUGAAGAAAGUGGUCAAAAGGGGAAAGGAGAAGGACCCAUGGGAUAGCGUUGAUGAAAAACUGACGAAUUUAACGUAA